AACUGGACAGCGUUUGCUUUUUCUAAUAAUUCACUUACCAGACACAUAAACACCAACAACAGUACCUUCUUCUCUCUCCUCAAAUUAUUUAUUACUACAAUUUUGUCAGAUUAGGGUUUUAAUACCCUUUGACUGACACCCACAAAAGAAUCAUCAGAGGAUUAAUUAGAUUUCCCAGUCAUGAUUUAUUAGUUAAGUUCUAGAAUUUGAUUGAUCUGCUUUUUGUUUGGGAAUUUUUAGGGGCAAUUGGGUGCUGGAAUUAUGAGUGUUUGAUCGAUUUUUCGAUGGGUUUCGAUUGGAUUUGAGUUUUGAAGUAGCUCAAAGGAGUUCAAAGAUUGGAUCUUUAUAAGGUGAAACUCGGAGUUGCAGGUUAAUGCGUUGGCGGGUUUCGCUUAGAGUUUGAUAUAUAUCUUUUGUUAUUAUUAGUUGUUGAAUAUGGAGGAUAUUGCUGCUAAUUGUGAUGUUCCGGAAAUCAAAAUAGAAGACGAUGAGGAUGAUUUUAGAAGUUGUUGUGGAGAUGAUUACGAGGAAGUUUUGAAGGUGUCUGAAGAGACAGUGAAAGGACUAGAAGAGCCAGUUGAAAAGCUUGAUGAAUUUUCCGUAAAGAUGUUUUUUAAGGGGAUAUCUAUAGCGGGAGUAGGGGACUCAGGUUCUGGCUUUUCUGGAAUUGGUGUUAUUAUGGAAAGAGCAGCAACUUUUCCGGUAGUUCAGGUACAAAAGAAGCUGGAUUUCUAUGUUGACGAAUCUAUGGCUGAUUACUUGGCCCUCAUGGAUGGCCUUGCACAAGCUCUACAACAUAACAUCUGCCGCGUCUAUGCGUUCACUGAUUCUCAAUUGUUAUAUGAUCAGAUAACACAUGAGUAUAAGGUUGAGAUUCCCCUUAUCGUUGCUUUGAGGCAAAGAAUUCUUGAGCAUGCUGGUAACCUGGAAGCCUUUGUACUAAAACUCAUUCCCAGCGUUGAUCUUGAGAGGGCAUACCACUUAGCCCAAGUUGCAGUUGGGGUGCUUUCUUUUCCUGCCAGUGGAAGUAAAUCCGUAGACAACUGUUCUAUCUGUUGUGAGGAAAAGAUAUUGCCAAUGAUGAUCACAAUGAAAUGUUCCCACAAAUUCUGUUCUCAUUGUAUGAGAACCUAUGUUGAUGGAAAAGUACAGUCAUCUCAAGUGCCAAUCAAAUGCCCUCAGUUAGGAUGCAAGUAUUACAUUUCCAGCACUGAAUGCAAAACAUUUUUACCUCUCACAUUGUAUGAUAGUUUUGAGAGAGCUCUUGCAGAAGCUGAUGUUCUUCAUUCAGACGGAAUCUAUUGCCCCUAUCCAAAUUGUUCUGUCCUGCUUGAUCCCCGUGAGUGUCUGUCAGCUAGGGCAAGUUCAUCAAGUCAAUCUGAUAACAGCUGUGUCGAGUGCCCAGUUUGUCAAAGGUUUAUCUGUGUUGAUUGUGGCGUUCCUUGGCAUUCAUCGUUGAGCUGUGAAGAGUUCCAGAACCUCCCACUUGAUGAGAGAGACGCUGCAGAUAUUACCUUGCAUCGCCUUGCUGAAAAUAAAAGGUGGAGACGUUGUCAACAGUGUCGCAGAAUGAUUGAGCUCACCCAAGGUUGCUAUCAUAUGACCUGCUGGUGCGGGCAUGAGUUCUGUUAUUCUUGUGGGGCUGAAUAUAGUGACGGACAACAGGGUUGUCAAUGUGCAUUUUGGGAUGAAAAUAACUCGGAUGACUUGGUUAGCCAGUCGUUCCAAGAAUCAGAACAAUGGGCAUGGGAGACUUUUAACUCACUACCCAUGCUCAUGGAUGCUUACUCGGACCAGGAAAGAUCACAGCUGGCACUGAUUCAAAGAUUUCUUGCCGGGGGGUUCAGUCUGAGUGAUCAUCACCCAUAUCAAUCCCCUCCUCGCUGUACAGACUCAUACGCAGAUGCCAUGAAGGAUCUACAUCAGCUUCCUUGGCUUGAGAGAUUUGUGUCGGUAAUUAGUGACGAUUACUAUGAAGAUUUUAUCCAGUGAAGGCAGCUAGUAUAGUGUUGUAAGGAUUAGGAAAAAGUUGCAAAUCUCCACUACAAUGAGAGCUUCUCGCUCUACUUACUCCAUUUCUAUUGAUGUGGGAGUGCAGAAAUCGGCACUUCUUUCCUUUGUAAGUCUCUUCUUAAAAAUAUGCAUGAGAUUGGAAGGGACUUGGUGAUUGCUAUGUCCUGAAAAGAAAAUUAAAAUAGAUAAAAACACUUAUCAUAUUGAACUGAAAGAAAAUGAAACAGAGUUGUUCA